CAAUACUAUUUUUUGUAUUGGGUCUUCCCCCAAUUCUUUCAAGGUUUCGCGUUAAAUAAUAAUAUAUGCUCUUCAGAAAAAUCCCAGUUACACUCUCUCUAUAUCAACUGUUCAACAAUGGCGGAACCGAAAGUAAAAUACGAUCGUCAGCUCAGGAUAUGGGGUGAGCAAGGACAAGCAGCGCUGGAGAAAGCCAGUAUCUGCUUACUUAACUGUGGUCCAACUGGUUCCGAAACUUUGAAAAAUCUUGUUCUUGGUGGGGUUGGAAGCAUCACUGUUGUUGAUGGUUCCAAGGUUGAAGUGGGUGAUCUUGGAAAUAAUUUCAUGGUUGAUGAAUCAAGUGUUGGAGAAUCGAAGGCAAAGUGUGUGUGUGCAUUUCUUCAAGAGUUAAAUGAUGCUGUUAAUGCCAAGUUUAUAGAAGAUUGCCCGGAGGAACUAAUUGAGACGAAUCCAUCAUUCUUUUCUCAGUUUACCUUAAUCAUAGCUACACAGCUGGUUGAAGAUUCCAUGGUGAAAUUGGAUAGAAUCUGUCGGGAGGCAAAUAUUAUUUUAAUAUUUGCACGUUCCUAUGGCCUCAUGGGUCUUGUCAGGAUCAGUGUGAAGGAACAUACAGUAAUUGAAUCGAAGCCUGAUCAUUUUCUAGAUGAUCUUCGGCUUAAUAACCCAUGGCCAGAACUUAGGAGGUUCACAGAAACUAUUGAUUUGAACACAACUGAUGCUGUUGUACAUAAGCACACGCCAUAUAUUAUUAUCCUUGUUAAGAUAGCAGAGGAAUGGGCAAAUACUCAUGGUGGAAAUCUUCCCUCGACCAGGGAAGAGAAAAGGCAAUUCAAGGAUUUAAUUAAGUCCAAGAUGAUCACAAUGGAUGAAGAGAACUAUAAAGAAGCCAUGGAAGCUUCAUACAAGGUCUUUUCUCCACGAGGGAUUGGUCCAAACUUACAGAAGAUUAUUGAUGACAGCUGUACAGAAGUUGAUUCUAAUUCAUCUGAUUUUUGGGUGAUGGUAGCAGCCCUGAAGGAAUUCAUAGCUAAUGAAGGUGGUGGGGAGACACCUCUUGAGGGGUCGAUACCAGAUAUGACAUCAUCAACUGAAUUGUAUGUAAACCUGCAAAAAACCUACCAAGCCAAGGCCGAGGCUGAUUUUCUUGUUAUGGAGCAAAGAGUCAGGGAUUUACUUAAGAAAAUCGGUAGGGAUCCAGCCAGCAUCUCCAAGGCAAACAUAAAGAGCUUCUCUAAAAAUGCAAGGAAGCUUGCUGUUUGCAGAUAUCGCGUCGUUGAGGAUGAGUUCAACUCUCCUGCCCAACCAGAGUUACAGAAAUAUCUGACAGACGAGGAUCAUGGGACUUUGCAAGAAGCCAACUCUCUUAAAGUACUUCCUGAGAAUACUGCUGUGGGUCUUUAUAUUCUUCUUCGAGCAGCUGACCGGUUUGCUGCAAACUAUAAUAAAUUUCCUGGCCAAUUCGACAGUGAGAUGGAUGAGGAUAUAUCUCGGUUGAAAACUACGGCUGUUGGCUUACUCAAUGACCUUGGUUGCAAUAGCUCCGCCUUAUCAGAGGACCUUAUUAAUGAGAUGUGCCGGUAUGGUGCUUCGGAGCUUCAUGCAGUGGCUGCCUUCGUCGGAGGAGUUGCAUCACAAGAAGUGAUCAAGCUCAUCACGAGACAGUUCAUUCCCAUGUCCGGGACUUUCAUCUUUAAUGGCAUUGAUAACAAGUCCCAGCUGUUAUUGCUAUAAUCCCUGAAUUCACAGAUUGCAUUUCGUAUGGCAGAACUCAGUUUUUGCGGGUUUUUCAAUCCAACUUUAUCUUCAGAAGAGUUAUGCAGGAGCAUGUGAAAAAAGAAAGUUGCCAUUAGCAGUAAAUUUAGGAUCAGUGUAAGAGUUUUAACAAGAGAGUACCAUCUCCAAAUUUGCACAACAACAUUAUCCUUUUCAAGGGAGGAAAAUGCUACUUUCAGCUGUCCUAGGAACAUAUAUAUGGUGAGAGUUUAACUUCUAUACACUAAUAGUUGAUCUGAUUGGAGUUUACUUCAUUUCGACCCACAAAUGAAAGCAGUUAUUUUUUUCGCC